ACCUGCACACACACCGGCCCGUUCUGGAUAAGAUUGGACACCCCCUGGUGUAGCCUAUGUAUGAAUUAUGAAUCGUUUAAUCUAAACAUAAAUAGGCCUAUAUGUGUUGUAACCUACUUCGCUGAGCUAUGCAAUUAAGAAUGUGUCACUCUACAGACUGCAAGGCAGUCGUUUCAGGCCCUGUCACUAUGUGGUUUGUCAAGUUGUCAACGCACCCACUAAACAAACUGCACAGGAUAUCAGUUUGAAGCAAAUCACGUGCUUCAUCUACCUGCCGCCUCUUGAGGACUCUGGUCGUCGAUUUGCCAAAUCAUAAACAUACUCUAUCUCAGAGCAGGAUGUCAGAGGGUGAAAGUGCAUUGAAAGCCGUGGAGCUGGUGGAGCAAAGCGAGUCCUCAGACCAGGAGUCACAGAGCACAGCUCACCUGCCUACCCCAGAGGAGGAGCCUGUCAAACAGCCUUCGAAGCCGGCUCAGGCGCCAUUGCCAUCUGGACCUGGUCCUGAGGCCAGAGGCAGCCGAUGGAGAUCUGCAGUCAACCAGUUCAAGCUCAGGAGAUUCUUUGUGCUCCGGCCAGGCACUUUGGAUCACGCCAUAGAAGAUCUCAAAAGUACGGUCAGUCAGGAUGAGAAUGGCAGCAUCCUGAGCAUCUGGCUCCUGGCUGAGGUGGACCAUUGGAACAACGAGCGUGAGCGGGUGGUGUUGAUCACAGAGAACACUCUCUUCAUCUGCAAAUACGACUUCAUGAUGCUGGCCUGCGAACAGAUCCAGAAGGUUCCGCUCAAUGCCGUGGACCGUAUUGUACACGGGGGCUUCAGCUUCCCACCACAUUCGCUGCUCUCGAGAGAGGGAGAAGGACUGCGGAUUUACUGGGACAGGCAGAGAGAGCCGAACCUGACCUCUCGCUGGAACCCCUUUGCCCUGGACUACCCCUACUUCACAUUCACCCACCACCCCGUCAGAUCCGUCGACGACAAGUUUUCUCCCCUGUGUGAGCUCGGCAACUUCCGGGAGCAGCUGACCCAGGCAGCCCAGGCCGCCCACAAGAGGGAACCCAUUCCGGGGAAGGCCAACGGGGUCGUGGUUCUGGAUCAGCCCAUCCUCAUCGAGGCCUACGUCGGUCUGAUGUCCUUCAUCGGAAACCAAAACAAGCUGGGUUACAGCCUGGCCCGAGGCAACAUCGGUUUCUAAAGCCUACCUUGCACUACUUUCAGCAUACUUUACUGAUUGAGCAAUGUUUCUGAUAUCACCAUGUAAGGAUUACCCAAUUUACCAUCUUCAUUGUACCUACUUACUUCCUGUAGUUUGCUUAUGUAGUACUGUACCAAAGGGUUUGUGCAAUAUGUACAAUAUCUUUAAUUGACAGUUGCCAUCGUUCUCAUGCCUGCUUUGCUGGGCUAACUUUUUUACGGUUUCUACUCACUCUUGUUUUCUUUAUAUAACAGCAGGAGAUGAAGGUGCAAUUUGCCGUAUAUGAAGCCUAAACUACAACAUGAAACAAAAUGGCUACAUAUUGCCUACUAGCCCUGAAAGGUCUCUACUAUGCAGUGCUGUAAAACACCUCACACCUACUGCUCGCCGUAACAUCACCUCACAGUGGGGGGCACUGGGUGCUGACAGUGUGUGCUUUGAGGUAGUAUAUGUUAGUCUGCUUGUUCUAAAUAGUUUCUGCUAGCUCUGCCAAUCAUAUCCGGGAGAAAUGUUUCACUCCUGGCUGCCAAUCUGAAGGUGUACUUAAAUGCACCUUCUAUGCACUUAAAUGUUGUGUUUGGAGAUGUAUUUACAUGAAUAUGUAUAGUAUGUUUAAAAUGUAGUUGUGGUUCUUGCCAUUUUGUUAUACUGUAGAACCUUAGAGAUCUGGACCUCAGAGAACCGAACAGUCUGCCGUACCAGGUAUGGAAUUGGAAAUGACGACUGCAAAGCACCAUGAUUUGAGAAAAACUUUAAAUGAAAUAUAAAUUGUGUAUAAAGUGAGUGAACUUAAAUGCUGUUGGCCUAUAAGGAGAGUAGGCUACUGCUUUUGACAUAAAAAGGAUCAAGACAAAAUGGAAUAGAUGGAAACGAGUAGCAGGAAAAUAAUUGAAUAUCCUAAAGACUGUAAUGCGCUGGAAUCUGAGGGUGGAGCUGAGAUUUCUGAGCGUGCUCAAGCAGCCACAAAUAGAACAGAGCAGUGGUCCUCCCUCCUGGUCCUGGAGAGCUGCAGGACGGGCUAGUGAGUGAGGACCACUGAGAUAAAGGAUUGAUCUAAGCUCUGAUUCAGAACCGGCUCAUCACCUCCACCCCACCAGGGUCCUUAUGCUCACCUGUAGAACAGGAAUGCUUCACACGUUCGGGGCCAUAUGCUACAUUGGCGAUGGCCAAUGCAAGCGUUGACUUUCACUUACUUUUGGUGUUUGGCAGACACUCUUAUCCAGAGCGACGUAUAACAAAGUGCAUACCCAUAACCAGGGAUAAGUGCGCUGAAAGACCCUAGAGGGAAGUACAUUUUCAACUGCUACCAGUACAACCAAGAUAAGGACCAGGGCCAAUUAGAAUUUUAUAACAAACAAACAAACAAACAAACAAACAAAACGCAAAAGUAUGACCAAACCCCUUAACUAGCCCAACACUGCUUACCUAGCCAAACUAAAAAUACUGAUAUACAAAAAAGUAAAUCACAGAAAGACAACAAUUAAGGUUUACAGGGAGGAGUGACAGCAAUGAAAGAUGGGAUAUUGUCGGGGCUACAUCACACAGUGUAUGGUAACAAACGUAAAAGACAGCCCAUGUCACACAGUGUAUACCCAUCUUAAACUGAACAGAAAUACAUUUUGUGAAAUUGAUGUAUUUCAUCAUAACUUUCAUAUUUCCGAGUGCCAAACAACCGUCAUUCCCGUACUGUUCGGUUCUCUGAGGUUCUAUUUUAAUGCAAGUUAAUAUUAUUAUUUCUUGAUAUCUUGGCAGAAAAUCAAAACAACUGAUUGGAUUAGAAAUGUGUAACUUGAGGAUUUCUUUAGUAACAGUUAUACCAUUGAUUUUAUAAUGUUUAAUGAUGUUUUAAUAACUUUAAAUUGCUGUAUAUGAAUAUUUUAAAUUGCCAAUAUAGUGCUUUGAAGAAGCAAGCAUGUCAUAAGUAUCGACAAAAUAAAUGUUUUUUUCCUUAGUGACUGUAGUUUAAGCACACUCCACACAACAGGAAUAAACUUUUCUGUCAUUUCCCACUUU